AACUUUCUGUCUGUUUCUGAUGUUUAGAGCACCGAAAACACCAAAUACUGGACAUUAGAACAGCCUAUCAAACAAAGCGACAACAACACCGAGAAAUCAUUGACAACAUCAGAAGUGAGACUCUCUAUAACUGUCGUGUUCUCCUGGCAGGAAUCCAAACUGAUAUCCAAACUUGUCCCCCACAAAUCUGUCACCGUCAAUCACAGAUGUCAACAAAAGCCCAGAGACUGAAGGAUCUGAUUGACACUGUGGUAUGUGAUGUUAAAACAAGAUACCGAGGUUUAUUGAUUGAUAGAAUGCAACAACAGAAGAGAAAAAUGAACAGACAACUUGUUCACCUACAGAACUAUGAAGACGGAUAUGAACAAUCAGCAAACAGAGCGGUACAUUUCCUCUUGUUUAUAAAGACCAGUCGUGUCCCCCAGAUAAAGAACAGUCCUUGUCAGUUAUUGAGUGUCAUCACAAAAAUCCAAAUGACAACAGGAAAACAACAAGUAGGAAUAGACGAGGUUGUGAAACUGAUGUCCACACCUGUAUUGCACACGUCUGUCUGUGUGACAGGCAUUAGUCAUGUGAGACACAUAUCUCGUGUGAUGUCAGACCGGGUCUGGGUCUCUGAUGAUGAACACAAUCUCAUCUUGACAGACACAACAGGAGACACUAUACACCGUGUGACAGGUAUAGCACCAUUGUAUAUAGGAGUACACACAGUGAACAGUUCUGGUGAACUGAUUUAUAUAGACAGGAAACAUAACAUCAACAAUCUGUCUACAGACAAUAAAACAGUCACCAGACUGAUACAGAGUACAUCACCAUGGUAUCCAGAGUGUGUGUACUGCUCCCCGUCCACUGGAGAUCUGAUGGUCGGGAUGUAUAACUAUAAUACAGAUACAGGCAAAGUAACCCUGUACAACAGUAGUGGUCAACACAUCCUGACCAUACAACACCACAACACAGGUCACACGCUGUAUAGUCAUCCUCUCUACAUCACAGAGAACAAAAACGGUGAUAUCAUUGUGUCUGACUGGAUUAAAUAUAUGCGUGGUGUUGUAGUGGUGACAGAGCGCGGGGGGAGACAUCGAUUCUCCUACACAGGACCUCCAUCAGGAUCAUCACUACAUCCACGUGGAAUCUGUACAGACGCGUUGUCACACAUCCUGGUGUGUGAUUAUAACACCCACACAGUACAGAUGAUUGACAAGGACGGUCACUUCCUGUCUCUGUUACUGACACCACAACACGGGAUAAACUCACCACGCGGCCUGAACUAUGAUGAUAAAGCUCAUCUUCUCUGGGUCGGAUCAGAGUACACCAACACAGUGUCUGUAUAUAGAUAUCUACAGAGGAGGUACUCUCUGACUGACUAUCCAGACAGUGAGGAAGAGGACACCAGAGAAGAAUCUGACUCUGAGGACCAGGACGCCGGCGGAGAAUCUGAUCCUAAAAUACGUUGCCAGCAGUGUAUCUUGGCGUAGAUAUUGGGUACGAUUACCAUUACCCUUCCUUCAGGAAAUGGUUCUGAUCUAAUUUUCCUAAUUUAGUGAUGGUGGACAUUGAUUACAUUUCCUCAUCUAGUGCUGGUGGACAUUAAUUACAUUUCCUCAUCUAGUGAUGGUGAACACUGAUUACAUUUCCUCAUCUAGUUAUAGUGGACAUUGAUUACUACAUUUCCUCAUCUAGUGAUGGUGGACAGAUUACAUUUCCUCAUCUAGUGAUGGUGGACAUUGAUUACAUUUUCUCAUCUAGUGAUGGCGGACAUUGAUUACAUUUCCUCAUCUAGUUUAAGUGGACAUAUAUUACAUUUCUUCACACAGUGAUGGUGGACAUUAAUUACAUUUCCUCAUCUAGUGAUGGUGGACACUGAUUACAUUUCCUCAUCUAGUGUUAGUGGACAUUGAUUACAUUUUCUCAUCUAGUGAUGGUAGACACUGAUUACAUUUCCUCAUCUAGUGUUAGUGGACAUAUAUUACAUUUCUUCACAUAGUGAUGGUGGAUAUUGAUUAUAAUGCCUCAUCUAGAGAUGGAGGAUAUUGAUUUCUAUUUACAUUGAUUCAUUGAAGUUAAGCUCUGUGCUUUGUGUGGCCAUUUUCAUGAUUUAAAACUAAAAAUAUUAAAU